AUGAAGAACGGGUUUGAAAGGGUUUGGAUCCUGUGGGUGUGGACUGCGGCGAUGUUGUGGGCGUGCACAGGGGAGGAGUACUUGAGGUACAAGGACCCUAAGCAGCCGGUUAAUGCGAGGGUGAAAGAUCUUGUUAGUAGGAUGACUUUGGAGGAGAAGAUUGGUCAGAUGGUCCAGAUCGAUAGGAUUGCCGCCACGCCUGAUAUCAUGAAGAAUUACUACAUUGGGAGUCUAUUAAGUGGUGGUGGAAGUACACCAUCUCCAAGAGCUACUGCCACUGAUUGGGUUAACAUGGUGAAUGACUUCCAGAAGGGGUCUCUAUCUACACGUCUAGGGAUUCCUAUGAUCUAUGGAAUUGACGCCGUUCAUGGACACAAUAAUGUUUAUAAUGCCACCAUAUUCCCACACAACAUUGGCCUCGGUGCCACUAGGGACCCUGAACUUGUGAACAAGAUUGGUGAUGCGACUGCUACUGAAGUCAGAGCUACUGGAAUCCCUUACGUAUUUGCUCCUUGCAUUGCAGUCUGUAGGGAUCCUAGAUGGGGACGAUGCUAUGAAAGUUACAGUGAGGAUCCCAAGAUAGUUCAAGAUAUGACAGACAUUAUUCUUGGGUUACAAGGUGAAAUUCCAAAUGGCUCGAGAAAAGGUGUUCCUUACAUUGCGGGGAAGAACAAGGUAGCAGCUUGUGCAAAGCACUUUGUUGGUGAUGGUGGAACAACAAAAGGGAUUAAUGAAUACAAUACAGUGACUGAUUUGCAUGGCCUGCUUAGCCUUCACAUGCCUGCUUAUUAUGACUCUAUCAUUAAGGGUGUCUCCACAGUCAUGGUUUCUUACUCCAGCUGGAACGGCAUAAAGAUGCAUGCAAACCGUGAGUUAGUCACCGGAUUUUUGAAGGGUAAACUUAAGUUCAAGGGUUUUGUUAUUUCAGACUGGCAGGGCAUCGAUCGGAUCACCUCUCCUCCACAUUCCAACUAUACAUACUCCAUUCUAGCUGGUGUUCAUGCUGGCAUCGAUAUGUUUAUGCUGCCAUUCAACUUCACUGAGUUCAUUAAUGACCUCACUUAUCUGGUGAAGAACAACUUUAUCACAAUGGAUCGUAUUGAUGAUGCUGUUGAGAGAAUUUUGCUCGUCAAGUUCAAAUUGGGUCUCUUCGAAAACCCUCUUGCUGAUCUUAGUUUUGUCAAUGAGGUCGGGAGCCAGGCACACAGAAAUCUAGCUAGGGAAGCAGUAAGGAAAUCGCUUGUUCUGCUGAAAAAUGGCCAAACUGCAAAUGAGACAUUGCUACCUUUGCCCAAGAAAGCAUCUAAAAUUCUAAUUACUGGUAGUCACGCUGACAACUUGGGUUACCAGUGUGGUGGAUGGACAAUAGCUUGGCAGGGAUUUAGAGGAAAUAAUGGGACAAGUGGGACAACCAUCCUUGGUGCUGUUAAUUCAGCCGUCGAUAAGGACACACAAGUCAAAUACCUCGAGAAUCCCGACAGUGAAUAUCUCAAGUCUAACCACUUUGACUACGCAAUUGUGGUUGUGGGUGAGUACCCUUAUACGGAGACUGUUGGGGACAAUGAAAACCUCAAGAUGGCUGAUCCCGGGCCUGAUGUCAUAAAAAAUGUCUGCUCAGUUCUGAAAUGUGUUGUGGUCCUCAUAUCCGGUCGGCCAAUCGUGAUCGAGCCCUAUAUAUCAGCAAUAGAUGCUCUUGUGGCAGCCUGGUUACCCGGCACCGAAGGCCAGGGGGUGACUGAUGUGCUCUUUGGAGACUACGCUUUCACCGGAAAACUCCCACGGACUUGGUUCAGAACUGUGGACCAACUCCCGAUGAAUGUUGGUGAUUUACAUUAUGACCCGCUUUUUCCAUUUGGAUUUGGGCUCACAACAAAGAUGGUGGUUGCAAGGUCAGUAUCAGCUGGUGUCGACCGGAGGCCAUACGUAGCUAUCAUCAUGAUUUUCGUGUUCUUUGGUUUGUAUUUUCAAGUUAGGAGGAAUUUACCAAGGUCGAAUCGACGUGGUACGCGAGCUGAAAUUGUACGGACAACAUCAAAGGUUCGGGACCGCACACUCGGGACCACGGGACCUUGGGACAACGAUGCGACGCGAACCGGAACUAGCGGCGAACAGCGAGGUGUCGCGGAGGAGCAGGGACUCACCGAAGGAGGGUUCACAAUGUCAAUGAAGGGCUCGGUGGCUGUGGAGCAUGGUUCACAACUGCUGCUCAACGAAUGGAUUCUCGGCACCGUCAACUCGUACCUGCUCGCGGAGAAGGCUCGCAUAAACGGGCAGCGAUGGGAUGGAGGCUUAGUCGACAAUCAGUGCUGUAGGGGAAGACGCCGACUGAUGGUUGUUGCUCGCUUGCUGAAGUACGGGUUGAUGCCUGAUUCUCGGCCAAAGGUCACCGCUGGAAGAGAGGUCGCCUGCUGGUUCGAGGGCAGAGGUCGAGGCAUGCCGCUGGUCAAUCGCACCGGAGAUUCAUCUGAACCUGGUGGGCCGCAACAAGGUCUUCUCUACAACCGCGUUGGAGGUUUCUCGACCGGUGCUGAUUCUGCUCAUCGUCACGCUGGUGGUGCUCGACUCGCCGGAAUCUGGUACUUCAUGACAUCGGGAUAUGGUCUGGGGAGAUAG